AUGGCCUCCGAAUACAGUGUCCGCAAGGUUGGGGCUCCCAACACCCUGGAGCACCGCGUCUACAUUGAGAAGAAUGGCGUGCCCGUCUCGUCUUUCCACGAUAUCCCCCUCUACGCCAACCAGGAGCAGACUAUCCUGAACAUGAUUGUCGAGAUCCCCCGCUGGACCAAUGGCAAGCUUGAGGUCUCCAAGGAGGAACUCCUUAACCCCAUCAAGCAGGAUGUGAAGAAGGGCAAGCUUCGCUUCGUCCGCAACUGCUUCCCCCACAAGGGCUACCUGUGGAACUACGGUUGCUUCCCCCAGACCUGGGAAGACCCCAACUCUAUCCACCCCGAGACCAAGGCCAAGGGUGACGACGACCCCCUCGAUGUCUGCGAGAUCGGUGAGCUGGUCGGCACCGUUGGCCAGGUGAAGCAGGUCAAGGUUCUGGGUGUCAUGGCCCUCCUCGAUGAGGAGGAGACUGACUGGAAGGUCAUUGUCAUCGACGUCAACGACCCUCUAGCUCCCAAGCUCAACGACGUUGAGGACGUCGAGCGCCACCUGCCUGGCCUGCUCCGCGCCACCAAUGAGUGGUUCCGCAUCUACAAGAUUCCCGAUGGCAAGCCCGAGAACCAGUUCGCCUUCACCGGCGAGUGCAAGAACAAGGACUACGCCAUGGACGUCGUCCGCGAGUGCGCUGAGGCCUGGGAGCGCCUGAUCACCGGCAAGACCAACCCCGGCGGCAUCUCGCUGACCAACACUGCCGUUGCCCACUCUCCUAGCCGCGUCGCUCCCAACGAGCUGCCCCAGCUUCCUCCCCACCAGGAGCUCGCUCCUGAGAAGAUCGACUCCUCCAUUGACAAGUGGUUCUUCAUCAGCGGUGCCUCUGCUUAA